UUGUUACGCGUCGUUUUGGCUAUGGCGGUGAGAAAAAGGAGCGCUGCGGAGCGCGACCGCGGCGGAGGCGACGGCGAUCGCACGGAAUCCUCGUCGCUCUCGUCGAUCGACGACAUGGCGUUCCCCAAUCUGUCGCGCAAGUACGCGAUCGAGUACCAGAUCGGCGAUGGCGGCCAGGGCAGGGUUUUCCAGGUGAGGCGGCUGAGCGAUGGGCGGCUGUUUGCGUGCAAGAGCGUGAGGGUGGAGGAAUCCCGCGAGCUCGAUCUGGUGCGGCAGGAGGUGUCGAUCAUGAAGCUGAUCCAGAGCAACGGCGGCGUGAGAUUUCGAGGCGGCGGUGGUGGAGGAAAGGGGAUUACAGGUGGAGGAGGAGGUGGUGGUGCCGUGAGCCUCGUGGAGGUAAUUGUAGAUGAUAAUCGCGUGUGGCAUCUUGUGCUUGAGUUGUGUGCGUGCAGUUUGCAUGAUAGGAUCCAGAGAGAGCGAGGGCUUUGUGAGAGGGAGGCUGCGCUUCUCAUAAAAGGCUUGGCUAAGGUUGUGCAGGGAUUGCACGCUCUGGGGAUUAUCCACAGGGAUCUCAAGCCUCCAAACAUCCUCCUCUCUAGGGACUCCUUUCCAUACGACGUCAAGGUUGCCGACUUUGGGCUCUCGGUGGCGUCCACCGGUGGUAAGCUGGAUCACAUCGUUGGAACAACCAAGUACUUGGCCCCCGAGGUGGUGAGGGACAGUAGAUUCGACCAGGCGGUGGAUAUAUGGGGACUGGGGCUCAUCCUCUACGAGGCGCUGUCCGGGUUGACGGCCUUUGCGGGGCUCGACUCGGAGUUCGUGCUCGAGAGGCUGAGAUGGGUCGACAUGCCGGCUGAUAUGCUCGACUGGUCCGGCGUCGGGCUGGAGGCCAAAGAGCUGAUUUUGGGGAUGCUGUGCCUGGAUCCAAAGAAGCGCUUGACGACGCAGCAGAUUCAAACGCAUCCUUGGGUGCUCAAGCACACGGAGGAAGGUGGCUUUGUUCCCAGGACGAGGAUUGUGAAGCUCAAGCGGCUCAACGGCAAGUGGGUAUCAGAUCGAGGUGGUAGUGUCCAGCAGCAGCAGCAACAGCAACAGCAACAGCAGCAGCAGCAGCGGCAGCAGCAGGAAAGAAAGAGGAAGAAGAUUGAAGAAGCAACGAGGUCAUACAGGAAGCUGAGACUCAGGUGUGUAAAUGGUGCGUGGCAGGUUGUAAAGCCGUGUCCAGUUGCGGGGUAGAAGCCAUCCACAGAGCUCGAGUCCUACCUCCGAAAGGGAGUAUUGUUGGUGGAAUCGGGUAACUCGACAACUCUUGUUGUAAGUUACUGAUGAACUUGCAGCACAGGGGAGCCCUCACCGCGCCUCGGCUCGCAUCACGGAUCGGAACACCUUUGACAUGUUUUUUGUGUCGAUCUGUGAGAAAAGCAUGCGGGCGGGCUUCCUCUCCGGGGCUGUGCAGCGAGGAAUGCAACGUUGUUCCUUACAGCAGCAGCGGCGGCAAAGG